GCACAGCCGCGCUCCGCGCUCGCCCGCACAAAGCGGCUCCAACCCGCAGCAGCAGCAGCCGCCGCCGCGCUCCGCCCGCCCGCCCGCCGCACAGAUGUCCAGGAUAGUGGUCCUCGUGGCGUGGUGUUUCCUGCAAGGGGAAGGCAGGCAUCCCGAGCCGCCGGGCAGCAGUGCCAGGGGCGGCAAUUUCUUGGACAAUGACCAGUGGCUGAGCACCGUCUCCCAGUACGAGAAAGACAAAUAUUGGAACAAGUUCAGGGAUGAUGAUUAUUUCAGAAACUGGAAUCCAAACAAGCCCUUUGAUCAAGCUCUUGAUCCAUCCAAAGAUCCAUGUCUGAAGGUGAAGUGCAGCCCACAUAAAGUGUGCGUCACUCACGACUAUGAAACUGCUAUUUGUGUAAGCCGCAAGCAGCUGGUACACAGCCUUCGGCAAAAGAAAGGAAAUCUGGCCCAGAAACAUUGGAUUGGACCAGCUAAUAUAGCCAAAUGCAAGCCGUGUCCAGCAAUGCAUGGCAGCCCUGUCUGUGGUUCUGAUGGACAUACAUACACUGCCAAGUGCAAGUUGGAGUUCCAUGCAUGUACUUCUGGCAAAACUAUCUCAGCACGAUGUGAGGGGCCCUGCCCGUGCCUUCCAGGACAGGACCGUCCAAAGCACAAGGCUGAGAAGGCAGCUUGCACAGACAAGGAGCUAAGGAAUCUUGCUUCCCGGCUAAAGGACUGGUUCGGAGCACUUCAUGAGGAUGCCAACCGCGUCAUCAAGCCAACAAGCUCGGACACGGCGCAAGGCAGGUUCGACACCAGCAUACUACCCAUCUGUAAGGAUUCGUUAGGCUGGAUGUUCAACAAACUCGAUAUGAACUAUGACCUCUUGCUGGAUCACUCGGAGAUCAAUGCCAUUUAUCUUGAUAAGUACGAGCCGUGCAUUAAACCCCUCUUCAACUCCUGCGACUCCUUCAAAGACGGAAAGCUUUCAAACAACGAAUGGUGCUACUGCUUUCAGAAGCCAGGAGGUCUUCCUUGCCAGAAUGAAAUGAACAGGAUUCAAAAGCUAAGUAGAGGGAAGAGUCUGUUGGGUGCUUUCAUUCCACGAUGCAAUGAAGAAGGCUAUUACAAAGCAACACAAUGUCAUGGAAGUACAGGGCAGUGCUGGUGCGUUGAUAAGUAUGGAAAUGAGAUAGCCGGCUCAAGAAAACAAGGGACAGUCAGCUGUGAAGAGGAACAAGAAACCUCAGGGGAUUUUGGCAGCGGUGGUUCUGUCGUAUUGCUGGAUGAUCUUGAAGAGGAACACGAAGCAGCAAAAAAGGACAAAGAAGGGAAAUUGAAGAUUCAUGUAAGAGCGGCUAAUGAGGACGAUGAAGAUGAAGAUGAUGAUAAGGAUGAUGAAAUUGGUUAUAUAUGGUAGUUCCCACAGUUCGGAGGACUCAUGUUUGCACAAUAUUGCAAGUCACUUCAUAUCUCUGCAAUUGUAUCUAAAAAUACCAGGCACAAAAUAUUCUUGCUCCACUGUUUAAUUUUGUACAGUAUAUAUAAUUUCGGAGAUGGGGGGUUUUUUCCAACCAACUACUGUUUUCAAUACGGUUUAUUCCCUUUUUUUUCUGGUCCAUCGCCAGGGCAAUAAGUUUUGUUUCAACAACAUUUCAUAGGUUAACCCCCAUCUGCAAAGCUUGUUAAACGUAUCUUCUGAAAUAAAAAUAUAAUGCAGAAGGGGCUCGGCAAACCAAUGCAGGUGUUAGAAGCCCUCUUUAUAUUAUCAACAUCAGAGAGGUUUUGUCAAAACUGAAUUUCUUAACUGAAUCUUUCUGAUCGUGCUCUAAGCAACUGCUUUGCUUUAAAAUGGUACGGUGUAUGGAAAAGCAGGUGGCUCGGUUUCUUUCCUCUGUUCGGCAUUUUCCAUUAAAGAGUAAGUCAUCUCUGUACAGUAAGUCAUCCCUCCCUACUACCCUACCGUUAGUGGGUUAACAUCAGAAAGCAACCUGUUUAUGAGUUUUUCUCUUAAGAAUGAUUACUACAAGCUCAGUCCAGCCCUUGCUGAAGUCAAUGGCAAAACUCCAGGUGGUUGAAAGCUGCAGGAUCAGAUCAUUUACAAUGAGAAAACAAGUUUCCUUGUUCAACACAAUGUGGUCUUGCCCCUUAAACAUGCUACAUCCCUGUGGCUACAGCUGAGUUCAGACCACGUAGGAGGAGAAUGGGAUUAUAACCCCCUUUCUAAGGGCUUGAGUAGAGACUGCUUUGCAUCUCUAGAUCAUUGUGACCAGUUCCCAACCAGCAAAUCUUGCCCUUCUGUUUUGGGACCGGUUUGCACUUAUUUCAUGGGAGCUGCCUCUGUUUCCUGAACAACGUGCCAAUAGAUCUGCCUUUGCUUCAUUUAUUCUUAAGUGAUUCCCCAUUCAAAUGCAAUGAAGCUGUCAGAGGCACUAACCAUUAAAAGUAAUAAGCUGUCCUUUGCUUUAUUUUAAAUAGUUAAUAUUUAUUUGAUCUGUUUAGAAACUACCUUAGGCAGGGAUAUUUCAGACGAACAUCUCUUCUGCUUAAUAUGAAGUUCUCGUACGUGUCUAUAAAAGAAAAGAACAUUAUCAAAAUGAAACCUGUAAUUCAUUAAAUUGCUCCCAUUCAUUCCUAUCUCUCCAGCGGCAGCUCAGCAUGCUGCAAUGACAUUCUUCCCUGUCCUUUCCUGUUGUAAUUCAUUGAUAAAGUGAAUGCACCUUAUCACGUCUUCUGUUACUGUUGUUUAGUUCAGAUGAUCAGAAAACACAGUACGUGCAAAUAGUUAAGGGAGGAAAUAUAUUUCUGUUGCAAAUUCAUUUUUGCACUUAAGAGGACAAAAAUGAUCCACGAGAGGUUUUAAUUCCUAUAGCCCUAACACACGAGUAGUUCCACUGAUGUCAGUGGUAUUAUACCAGAAAUGAAUUAGGCCAGUGGCUUUUCAGAGUACAACUUUAGCUUUCCAUUCAACAGUCUCCUCUUUACUGCAAACUCACUGACUUACUUUUCAAAGCAGCUGUGCAAUAUAGUUUAACCCCAGGCCAUUGCUCUAUGUAAGUAGUACUUUGCCUGCUUAUCUAUCUUGCUUCUUCCAUGAUUAGUUUUGGGGGUUUAAAUAUCACUUCAAUGUCCAGUUUGCUAAAUGAAACCUGCCACUAUAAAUGCCAGAUUUCAUACAGCAAGCAGCACGUUUCACCUGUCACCCUAGGCCAGGAGCCUGAAUUCACUUUUCUUAUGAAAGCUGAGUCCCGGGUCAUUUUUUCUGGUCUGUGUCUCCCACUUAUGCUUAUCCCGGGGCUCUGGUGAUCAAGGAUAAAAUUAUUGUUUAAAGGUUUCCAUAUAAAGGCCUGAAGACACGUCCUUUUCACUGCAAGUGCUUACACAGCUGAGGACUUUCAGGCUCCAGCCCUAUGGCUUCAUGUUGGAAAAGCUACUGCAUUAAAGUGAUCUUAUUAUACCGACAUAGCAAUGGACUCUGAUAUUGUUUCACAGGCAUGGGGUGCUGCUAGCUGAGAUUUAAAACAUUUUAAGCUGUGCAAUUUAUAUAUUUGGCCUGGGGCUGCGUGUGUAUAAAUACACGGAGCAGAAAUGCACAGAUGCUCCAGCUGAUGAUAAUUACACCCACAAAAGCUGGAUUUCCUGUUAAAGAGUUGUUUCAAAGCCUUUGCCUGCUAUUUGAUUUACAGAAAGAAAAUCUGGUCAUUACAAAAGGAGCCUGUCUGAGGAGAUGAAUCAUUUUUUUGCUUCGAUUAUCAAGGUAGUGAUAAUUUGUAUAGCUGAGCAGAAUGUAAAAGGACAGGCACCAUUCACAUCCACGUUCAAGGGAUUUGCCGGUACAGUGAUGCAACACACCGGGAAAACGACACGAGAGUAGGAAUCGUGUAUGCAGCAAACAUCAUCAGGAAAGACACAUAAAAACCAGCUUGUAUCUGCAAAUAUGCUACAAGGGCUCGGCUCUUAACAAAAACUGUUGGCAUUAAAGGUUUACUAUAAGUCCUACAAUCCACUCAUAUUCAUGGCAGUUGUUUUUUAAGGCAAGAUUUUGGUCAGCUUUGGAUAGGAGAUAACAUGCAGCCUUUCUACCCCAGGAGCAACCUGAGGAAGGCGUUGUGCCUCCAUAUUCCCCCCAUGGAGAUGGAGCCAUGAUCCCACCUGUUUUUCACCCUUUUUCAACCCUACCAGUCCUUCUUGUAUGCUGGCUGUGUACAGCCCCAUCCUGCCACUGGGCCGAGAGCCACGUACCUGUGAGGAUGAGGCCGUUCAUAAGCUCAGUGCUGUUCUCACCCUCUUCCUCCCCUGUGUGUCAGGGCUUGCUAUUUAGCUCAAAUCAGACAGCAUGAACCACCUCUACAUGCUGGUUCAGGCAAGAUAAUGAAUGCCUGGUUCCACUGAAGUUGGGGGGAGAGUGUGCGGGUGAACAACAUAAAUACGCCACUGUUUUGCAUGGUCCGGGUGAUUAUUUGUCUCUUCUCUGUGAAACUGGUAAGUCUGCUUUUAGAGUUGACUUUUUAUGUUUGUACACCAUCCAUUGAGUGCUAUAGAGAGAGCUCCAAUGGGCCAGAUCUGGCUCAGUCUAGUAGGUACCCACCAUUUGGUGCUGAAACACCUCGCACCAAUCCCGAUCACAACACAGCUUAGGUGGGAUUUGGGUAUCUAAGUGCAGCCAUCUGGGGAACUUUGUAGUUGGCAUUGCUUCAAUGUAGGAACCUACUGCACUUUAGGACCGGAGGUGCGGGGCGAAUUUUAAUUCCUCCUGACCCUUUAGAUAUUCAAUAGUUCAAUAGUUUAGAUAUUCAAAUAGUUUCAAAAAGAGUUUCACAAAACAAUACGACAGCAAUAAUCAAAAAGCAUGAAUUGUAUUUCUGCAUCAGUGAGAUCUCUAGCACUGAAGGGCUUUUCAGAGUAAAAAGCAGAUUCUUUGGGGACAUUAGUCAAUUAACUUAAUAAAACUCAGUUUUACGAGGAUUUGUCCUUCCUGCUACGAGGCGAGUCUGCUCCAUUUGAGGUUACUGUUCCAUUUACUCCAUUUUCAUUAGAUAUUCAUAUGCCACGUAAGGCCUGUCGAGGCAUUGAUGCGACUAAACUGUAUCUGACCCAGUAGCACCGUUCUGUGUUGUCAUUAUAAUGAGUGGCAAAAGCAGCAAAACGGUCAAGAUCUUGACCUCGUUCACUGUUGUUAACCUGGAGUGAUGCCAUUGAUUUCACUUGAGUUAGACUGGUUGAAGAACCACUGAGAGGUCAACCACAGAAGUCCUGUGGGCACCAGACUGCACCAACAAUUGGCAACUGUCUCGAGAAACUAAGCUUUGAAUCCCUUUCUUCUGCUUCUAGCUCUUGAAAAACCACUUUUGGAAACGUCUGGAAUUUAUCCAGCAUUUUUUUCUACUUGCCUUUUUUGAUAUCCAGGAUUUUUGCAUCGCCAAAUUGCUUACUCAGCAUGUUGCACGUCAUGGCUGUCUUCAUGCUGGGGUUUAUUUUAACCAGAUAAAUUGUCUCUGCCUUUGGCCCAUGAGCCCUCCAGUGUGGGACUUCGAGACCACAGGUCACCCGCACUUGGCCUCACUGUCAAAGUGGGAGGAGCCUCCAACUUAACAUAAAAUCAGAAGGCUACUUCCUGUCACGAAAAACGGUCUUAACCCCACACAACGGUCCCUUGAGCAAACUGACAGCACCCCAAUAUCCUCCUAGCAUUGCAGCUGUGCCGCAGACUGACAAACUACUAUGCAUCAUUUAAAGCCCCAAGGGGGAUCAAAUCCCCUCAUACACACCUUGUGUGAGCAGGACCCCUGCAGGGAAAUGCAGGGGAGUAGUGACCGCCUCGUACUACUUACACCGGGGGCAGGCACAGCCUUACGGCUUCAUUGAACAAGCCCUUCUGCCACUCCACUGCCCUCAAGUCUGCAUCUCCGGUCUCCCUCGCAUAUGGCCUGAAAUUCCAGUUGCUAAUCACCUGAGUCUCUCAGGCAAGGGCAGCUGUUUUUACGUUCAGAAAAAACAUGAACUAACUAACAUAGCAAAACUGAAUAUAUUACUGCUUGAGACGUGUGCACAGAUGCACCUGCACAAAGUCAAGCAAUUAUCAACAGAAUUGUACACGCACAACUGGAGGCUGUUUGGCCUUGGGUAGCUGCUGCUAGAGCACCCUGUGUGAUCCCAUUUGCUGGAGACUUCUGCAAAGCCAUUUGCUGUUGUUAGGCUCGCAGGUCUAUUCAAGGUUCAGGACUAGUCAAGAAAUUAUUUAAGUACACUUAACUUGAAGAACGUGCUUAAGCACUUUUCUGUUAUAGGCCAUAAUUCAAGGAAAGCAACUUCACUGACCUGUUUUAGCAAAGCAUACAUGUAUGUAUCAUUUAAAGAAACUGUUCCAUAUGUAUAAAAGAACAAGGCCUUGUGGUCUGCGCAGCCUGAUAUAUAGAGCUGUUUUUCUUUGAAGAGGAAGUUAAGAAUAUAUUUGGCUGGGGGCACUCCAAUGAAGGUCCAAGGUGAGGUAAAACUCCACUGAAGUCUGUAGAAAACCAUCCGGUGGAGAUUCCAGGUCUACCAGCUUGACUCAUCGUAACUUUUUAACUUUGCCAGUCACCCUGUUUCCUAGAAAAUGUAGUACUCCCAGUUGGUAACUUGUCGGUACCUUAAUGCAGAUAGUUUCAAAGUACAGCCAUGGUUCAGGCUCCAUCAAGCUCUCAACUGAGUGAUGACAAAGCAGAGUUCUUUCUUUUGAUGUUUUUUCCUACGAAUUUUAGAAGAGGCACUACCCAAAGUCCUUUGCUGUUCCUUGAAACAAAUGAGGCACUUAGUGCACAGUUCCCAGAGCCAGUGGCCAUGGCAAAGUGCAGCCAAUAAAGCCUCCCUUUUCUCGUGUUUGUCCUGAAUGACAACCGGGACAUGCGAAGAGGUAGUUAAGAUGCUCCCGGGUUGCUUUCAACUUCCAUUUUUGUUGCAACGUCAAAUAUAGUCCAUUUGCCUCCAAACACUGACCCUCCAAAAGGGAAAGAUGGAAACAGGCACUAAGGAUGCCGAAGAUUUACGCAACGAGCAGUCCCGAGUCCCGCUCCGUUCCAAGGCAUUAGGUGGUUUUUUCAUUACGGCUGAGGGACAUCCCAAGUCGAGUUUACUUGCCAGCGCAGGUUUUCUGCUGUUGUUUUCAGCCUUUUCUGUCAACACUCCAAGGGCGUGAAUUUUAUUUGGGGGAGGGCGGGGGGAAGGAGGAGGGGGCUAUUAUUUAAACCAUUGGAAGCAUUUAUUUAAUAUUUAUUCUACAGUUUCUAUUUCAAAUGUAAAGUUUAUAUUUAAAAACCACACGGUUUGUUAGUGAAUGCUCUCUUUACCUAUUCAGCCUAGUCUGUAGUCUCAGUGUACAUUUCUGGCAUGGGAAUAUGUUGAUAUUAGAAGUUUUGUAGCAUUCUCUCCCCCCGAGCAGCAAAUGACACAAGAUCUGAGGGUCGCAAAUGCUACCCACCCGCAGAUCUCUCAAGCUUAGCUUCUUCCACUCUCUGGCUUUCAUUGCAGUCCCUUCUGUAUACCAUUCAAGUUUCUUUAAUACAUAGACUGCUUUGUACAGAUACUAUACUCCACAUCAAAGAGCCCUUUCUACAGUAGGUGAUUUUUGGUCUUUUUAUACUUUUCUCAAUGCUGCUGAUGUCCGUUACUGUUAAAUGUGUAGCACUGUAAGGAGAGAUCCAAAUAUUACGUGUUUAAGUUUGAUGUCCCUACUGUAACCGGAAUGUAGACUCUCAUAGUAAAUUAGAAUAGCAGAGUAAAUUCUGAAUGCUUUUUUCCAUACGGAGUUAAAUGGAAUGUGAAUAUUUUGCUAACCUCUUUGGUUACCUGUAAAUGCUUAACUGUAGUCCUAAAUAGCUGCAUUUCUGUCUGUCUCAAUAAAUUUUAAUUUGUCUGCCA